AUGUCGACGGGCUUCCGGGCAUAUGGCACGGAUCAACAGUGGUCCCUUACGCCUGGCGGACAGCUGAAGAACAUGCGGAGCGGGAAGUGCAUCGACAUUGACGGCUUACCUGGCUUCAACAAUGGAGCAAAUGCCCAGCUCUGGACUUGCGAGGAUGCGUCGUCCAGCUCUUCAACUGACCAGAAGUGGGAGCUGAUCGAAGCAGAUGACUGCAUCCCAACAGACACGCAGCACUGUGGUCAGCCGUCAGACUGGACAUGUGAUUGGCCGUGUACAAAGUGCUGGAGAAGUGACGGUUUUGACUGCGACAGUGACGGCGACUGCCCCACUGGGUUCCAGUGCGGCAAUGCCAAUUGCGAUUGGAGUUCAGGCUGGAUCAUAGAAACCAGGGAUGAUUGCUGCCUUCCACCGCCACCACUUGAAUGCGGUUGCAAUGCGAACGGUUGUUGGCCCCACGUCGGUUUCGAUUGUGAUUCUGACAGCGAUUGCCUCAGCAACCCUGACAUGGCCAAGUUGGGAGCGACAAAGUGCGGCAAUGCAAACUGCCCGUGGACCAGCGGUGUUCUUCAGGACCAAGAUGAUUGCUGCAUCAUCACAGCAUGUACGGGUGAAAACUUCGACCAUCCAUCGGAGACACUUUGGGUCGACCAGGCUCCAGAUGCUGUGAAUGUGGUCGCCGACCUUGACUUCGCAGACGUGAAGGUUACCCGGCUGGCCUUGCUUUCGGCGCCCACGGACAGCUUUGGGGAUUUCCUCGGCUUGAACAACGAAGAUGAAGUCUUCUUGAAGGCGGAAUGUGACGGGUCUCUUUCGGUUGAAUCCAGGCAGCACGACUUCAAGCAGUGCGACCAACACACGAACAUCUUGCACAUCCGAUGUCUUGUCAGCGACAGCAUGGGGGACCUCAAGCUGACUGUCCGAGAGGAUGACACCUCAAAUGACGAGGAAAACAUGCAGGUCCUGGACGCAAGUAUGCUGCUGCCUCUCCCUUUGGGCUCGACGGUACGAGUCCGCUUCUACCUGGACAACGAGCAGAACAUCUUCGACUCGGCCCUCCUCUUUACCGCCGGCAUGGGCCUCUUCGAGUUGUGCAUCAGUGACGUCUUGAUGGUCAUCCCGGGAGCGGGCCAGAUGGCCGGUGCUGCCGUGAAGGCCGCUAAGGCCGCGCGCCUCAGCGCCAAGGCGGUGCGCCGGAUGAGCAAGGUGGCGAAGCAAGUCCGGCGGACCGAGAAGUUCAUCAAGCGCAUGGGGAAGAAAUACGACGCCAUCAAGUUCAAGAUCGACAAGGCUCAGGAGCAGCUGGAUGAGGCUGCGGGGCGGGUGGGUGAGGACGACGCCUUCGACCCUGUUGACAUCCCAGAGUGGCCGACCUUGGAAACGGCGAUGGACGCGUUUAACAUCGAGCCUUGUGUGGACGUUGCAGAUGGUGUCGUGUUCAAAUGGACCGUCUACGAAGCAGAAAUCGUCGUUGAUGACACCCAAGACGAGCUUCCUCCGAGUGUGAGAUUGAGUGGGUCUGAGCACCAGCACACGCACACUGGAAAGCAGUCAUGUGACCAGUGGAUCACAGGGGAGUGGGGCGCCUGCAGUGCCGAAUGCGGGGAUGGCACACGCUCUCGACCAGUGACAUGCGAUGGGACUGCGUGCGCUGACGAGCAGAAGCCGCCAAGGCAUGUCCACUGCAACAUGGGAGACUGCCAAUGGGCCCCUAGCCCUUGGAGUGCGUGCAGUAAACCAUGUGCGAAUGGCACGCGGGCUCGCUCUUAUAGCUGCCCUGUGUUCGGUGCCUGUGCUGGCUCGCCGCCGUCCACAGAAGGGGAGGCCUGCAACGUAGAGCCUUGCGAAUGGGUCGAGGACCGGAGUCCAUGCAGCCAACCAUGUGGGAAUGGCACGCGGACUCGAUCUUAUCGCUGCCCGGUAGCUGGUGAAUGCCCCGGUUCACAGCCGUCCACAGAGGCAGAGGCUUGCAACUUGCAGCCUUGUGAAUGGUUCCGUGGGGAGUGGAGUGGCUGCAGCGAAGGCUGCGCAGGGGGCACCCGCUCUCGGACCGUUUCUUGUCCGGUGCCCAGUGCGUGCCCGGGCGCGCUGCCUUCUAGCAGCCUGGAAUGCGCCGUCCACUCGUGCCCCGAUAAAUGCGCUGAGGUGAGCCAUGCCACCUGGAAUCCAACAUCGAGCCAGUGUGAGUGUACAGGAUUCUCGGCCAGCGGGGCCGGGUCUUUGCGGUGGUCUGAGGCCUCCAGUGGGUUUGUCGGCCGGUGCCUGCAAAAAGAGGAUGCAGCUCUGGAGGCCCAGGCCUCGGAAACUUCCUUUCUUGUGCCUCUGAUCCUGGCCCUGUGCUUCGCCACACUCGGAGGUGUACGGACAUGA